AUGCGUCUGAUACCCAGCUAUGGCGGGCACAUAGCUAAACUUAUUUUUGAAGGCUCUGAGCGUACGCCUCCGGUUCUGGAAUGCCGUAGUAGGAAGAAGCCGUUGGAGGCGAUCAUCGGACUACAGGAUAUGACCGAUGCACUGUACGAUGUUCUACCUGCUACUCCCCUCGGCCGUCUACCAUAUGUUAUGCACCAGCACAUCGACUGUGCUUUGAUAUCGGCCUUCGUGGAGAGAUGGCAGCCGGAUACGAACACUUUCCACAUGCCAUGGGGGGAGAUGACGAUUAUGUUGCACGACGUGCAACGCAUAUUGGGCAUAGGCAUUAAAGGUUCUCUACCGGCUGAGCCUUCUGAGGGAGAGUGGCAGGUCGGUAUUACCAAUCUAUUUGGAGAGCCCAUGUCCGAGCUACGACGGAAAGGGAUAUUCACCUGCGGCUGCAUCAACGUUGCUGAAGUAAUAAAGUUGUGUCAUCGGUCUCAGUUUAUGGAAACCCAAUCGACAGCCUACUACAUGGCUAUUGUCGGCUCUACCCUGCUGGCGGACAAGACUAGAACUGGCAUGCGACCUCACCCGAUACUUGCCGUCAACGUCGAUCAGGAUGAGAUCGCUUGGGGUGCGGUGACGCUGGCGUACAUGUAUCGCCAACUGGGAAUGGCAUCUAGGGCUGGUUGCAAGACUAUUGCGGGUUGCCUGACAUUGCUUCAGACAUGGAUCUACGAGUACUUUCCCGCCUUUCGCCCUCAUCCUCGCCGUGCAGAUGUGCCUAAUAAGACUAGGGCGGAGAUGUGGUCCACGCCCAAGCCAGGUCGUGAGAUCAACAGGCUGAGGGACUGCAGGAGUAUACUGGAUUUUAUGACGGAAACUCAGGUGGAAUGGACUCCGUACAUAACUUCUCCAAGGGCAUUGAUGAAGGAGCAUCCACGCACCACCUUCAUCGGGGGUAUCACUUGUUUUGAUAUCGUCGAGGUGUAUUUGCCAGAGAGGACAGUGCGACAGAUCGACUUUGUGCAGGCUAUUCCCCCCCCUCCUUUAAGACCAACCCAGGCUCUACGACCGGCACACGGUACCUACUCCGUGACCUUUGCUUCUUCGCCUGUGUACGUGGAAGCAUGGAGUAGGUUCCCCUAUAGUGCCCGCCUUGAUGAUCAGGCACUUCAUCGAGCAUCUGUUCCAUCAGAGGCUGAUCCUAGUUACGUUGACUGGUUCAGAGAGUGCUCACACCCAUACGUCGUCCCCGGCGAAAGACCGAGUGCCGGUUUUGGUCUAACUGAAAUCAGAUUGGAAUACUUUUUGAAUGAAUGGCCGAGUCGAGUCGCUCCAUUGGCGAGACUGCCUCCUGUUGCGGAAAUGAACCCCCAGGAAAGACAUACUUUAGAUGUAUAUCUUAAUAAUGUUAAAGAUUUAUUUGCCGAAUGGCAAGCUUUUAAGGGGCAUGACCCUUCAUAGUCUGUAUUUAAACUAAUUUACAUUAAUGCAUCUAUUUAUUUACA